GGCAGCCUGCGCGCCCCCCGCCCGCCCCGCGCUCUUCCCCUUGCCCUGGAGUCUUUGGGGCAGCUGUCACGCGCCUCUGAUUAAGCGAGCGCGGGGCGGGGAGCGAGCCGCUUCGGGCUCCUGCGCUAAAGAGGCGAAAGGCGGGAAGGAAGAUCCCUGGGCUGCUUUGUAAUUCGGGUGCAAUUCCGUCUUGCUUUCCGCGGGCGGCCGCCUUAUUUAAGACUGGCGGAGGGUCGGGGGUGGACUGCGGACGCCUGCGUCCUUCCUGUCGCGUUUCAUCUCCAUUUAUUCUCUCUGCACCCUCGUCGGCACCCGACACUUUGUCCCUUCCUGAUAGGCUUUGUGUCGGUUGAGUUCCACGUAUGCACUCCCAGCUCACAAGCCACGUUCGCUCGUCUGUAGCAGCUGCCACCCCUUCAGCUUGGGACGGGCAAUCAGCCCCCCCCCCCAUGAGGCCAGAUUGAAGCGACUGCCACCCCUCUUCCCAUUCUCGGUGUAAAUCUUCCCUCAUCCCAUCCUCCAUGGUGGGGAGCAGGGGGCCAUUUGGGAGUCCAUCUCAGGUGCCAAAGUGUCUUGGGCCAGCCCUGCUCACAACUACUGAAGCAAUGAAAUAAACAGAGCCCUGUUGCUGGAUCAGGCCAAAGGCCUGUCUAGUUGGACAAUCUGUUCUAAGAGUGGGCAGCUAUCCGAUGCCUGUGGGAGGCUGGCAACUCGCUUGGUGAUUCCCAGCAGCAGGUAUCUAGUGGUAUACCUGUACUGCUUCUGGUCCUGGAGAAAUUAGAGGUGCCGGGAAUAGCUCAAGCUGUCAUGAGAUGGAUCGCAAUCAGCCUUGUUGUGUUUGCCCUGGCUUCUCGGGUGGCUAAUGCUACGUUGUCAAAGACAGAUACCAAAAAAGCUGCCUCAAAAACCCUGGAGGAAAAGGCUCACUAUUCAGAUAAAAGAGUGCAAGACCGUGGCCUGGUUUCUACCGAUUUAAAGAUGAAGGAUAUUAUCCUAGAGUACAAAAGCUACUGUGCCAAAAAAGCACGAGAACGACACUUUGGGGGAGAUGUUUUGGGCUACAUAACGCCUUGGAACAGCCAUGGCUAUGACAUUGCUAAGAUAUUUGGAAGCAAAUUUACGACUAUCUCGCCAGUCUGGUUGCAGGUGAAGAGAAGGGGCAAGGAGAGGUUCCAGGUGACAGGGCUCCAUGAUGCUGACCAAGGUUGGAUGAAAGAAGUGAAGAAGAAUGCCAAAAACAUCAAAAUAGUUCCACGAAUUUUGUUUGAAGGCUGGACUUACCAUGACUUUGAGAGUGUGUUUGACAGUGAAGAUGAGAUAGAAGAGCUUUCCAGUAACCUGAUCCAAAUAGCCAAGAAUGAGAAUUUUGAUGGCUUUGUGGCUGAAGUUUGGAGUCAGCUAGGAAACCAGAAGCAAACGGGUUUGAUUCACUUGCUCACUCACCUCUCGGAAGCUUUGCAUCAGGUGCGGCUGAAGCUGAUGCUUGUUAUCCCUCCCACUGUCAUGCCAGGAACCAACCAGCUGGGAAGUUUCACAAAGAAAGAAUUUGAUCAGCUAGCCCCAAUAGUGGACAGCUUCAGCCUCAUGACAUACGAUUAUUCAGCGCCUCAACGGCCUGGCCCUAAUUCCCCUUUACCUUGGAUGCGGGCGUGUGUUCAAAUGCUGGAUCCAGAAGCCAAGUGGAGAAGUAAAAUUCUUCUGGGACUGAAUUUUUAUGGCAUGGACUACUCAGCACUGAGCGCUUCUGGAGAGCCAAUAAUUGGAAACAAUGCCUGCAAUUUCCCACAGAACCAUGCAAUCAAAAGCAUUUUCCGUGAGGAUCUCAGAAAAGGGGACAACCCUGUUGCAGCGGAGAAUGAAGAAAGGAGAUCUAUGUAUAUAGAAAUCUUGAAGGAGCAUAAACCUAAGCUGGUUUGGGAUGAACAAAUAGCUGAACACUAUUUUGAAUACAAAAAAAGUAAAGGAGGCAAGCAUGCAGUCUUCUAUCCAACUUUAAAGUCCAUCCAACUGCGGUUAGAGCUUGCAAAGGAACUGGGCACAGGAAUUGCCAUCUGGGAACUUGGCCAAGGACUGGAUUAUUUUUAUGACUUACUUUAAAAAUAUGACAUCCUUUUUUUCAUUGACAUUUCAUCUUCAAUCAACUGGAGCUGGAGGGGGGUGCAGGAUGGAUUUUCUUGUGGGGAGGGGGGCAAUGUAAUUUAUAUGGAAUCAGUUUCAAAUUUUCCCAAUAAAGAGUAUUUGAGUUAUUGCGCUUCAUGUAGUGCAUGGAGAUGGGUAAAGUAAGGAGAGCUGCCGACUUCAGUGUUCUGACAAGGUUACAGGAGAGUUGACUACAGCGAGAGGAGGUAAGAGGUAUUUAUUUUACUGGUUCUUUUUUUCAUGUUUAAAGCUAAGUCGAUCAACACUUGCAAGCUGAUCCUUGGCAUUCAGUGGGACCUACUCACAGGUAAGGGUGCAUAAGAUUCCAGUGCUUAAAUUGAGUGCAUGAAGUACACUUGAUCAUACAGCCAUUUAAAAGUGUUCAGUCCCUACAGUUGCACUUUGACUGAUUGGAUAACGUAUGUGAUGAGAGAUGUCAGGAGGGCGGCAACCUGUUGAUUCUCCCUUUACCUCAUGCUGGCUUUUGAGUCUACCAUCGGUGGAUGACACAUGGUUCUUCGUUGAUCCAAGUGACAAACCUGGCUGUUCCUCUGGAAAUCACGAUCAACCACAGCAUCCUUCUGACGGCUCUGGGAGUUGGUGGCAUGGUAUUGUGGUACUUCUACUACCUGCGGAUUGAUUUGCAGAGGGUUGCACGGGGGACUUCUAUUUGGCCACCUGGUGCUUGUGCUAUGUGAUUGCACAAGAUGCCAGAAGGGAUUCCUCGAGGCCACCUGGGGAUUUGGGAGUGUAGUACCACCAGUGCGCUCUUGACACCCAGCUCUGUUUCUCCUUGGCAUCUGAGUCAGGAGAGGCUGUGGAAGUGCUCAGCUGCUUCCUGGAUUUGAUAAGGGGCUGGUUUUAGGUCGGUAAAACUGAAUCUUAACCCUGACAAGAUAGGGGUCCUUUGGGUUGAUAGUUCUCAGGUUCACACAGAUGGUAGGCAAAUAGUUCUGGAUGGAGUUGUCCUCCCCUUGAAGGGUCAGCUUGCAGGUGCUCCUUGGUCCAGCUUUGUCUUUGGAGGCCCAGGCAACCUCUUUACCAUGAGAUGCCUUUCACUGGUGCAUCAGCUGCAGCAUCUGCCAACAUCCCAACUGGAGUAGUGCGGUGUGUUAUUUGUAGAGCUGCCUCCGAGAAUGGUUUGGAAGGCUCACUAGUGCUGGAUGCAACAACCAGUUUUGACUGGCACUGCUUGCAUGGAUGGUAUCUUGCCAGUUUAAAAAGAACUCCACUGGUUGUGUAUUCAUUUGUGGGCCUUAUUCAAAGUGCUGGUGUUGCUUACUUCUAAAUGUCACCUCCAACAGAGAUUAGGGUUUUGUUAAAAAGGGGGGGGCAAGAACUAGCACCUCAACAAUGGACUAUCCUUCCUAGCAGAUAUGCCUUGUGCCAUCUUUGCCAUCCUUUAAAAGCCAGGCAAAAAACUUUUUAGUUACCCAGGCAUUUCAAAGCAUUUUUCUGUCUUAAUGAUUUUAGACCUACUAUGCUUUUACACACCUUUUAGCUGCAGGUUUUGUGGUUGCUUUUUAUUGUUGCUUUGUUUUUUUGCAAACGCCCUUGAAACUUUGGAUAGAAGGUGGCAUGUGUAUUUAUUUCUUUUUUAUAGUUCUUUUAUUACCUUUAUAUCACUCCUUUCUUCCACCAUGGAAUCCAAGACAGCUCACAUGUGAUUCCCAGGUGGUUACCUAUCCAGGCUUUGGCCAGACCCAGACCUGCUUAGAU